CUUUCCCCAGAAGGUAUAAAAGUCUUGCUUCCUUGAGCACAGCAAGCACCCUGGUGGCCUGAGGAGCCCACAGCAGCCAGCAAAGAUGAAGCUGUUUCUCUUCUUUGCUGGACUCCUGGCAUCACUGAACUUGAUCCAAUCUAUUGAAUCUUCACAGACCUUACCUCAGCCUACUAAAUCUGCAGCCAAUGAAAACAGCAGCAAGGCAGAAGUCAUCCAUAAAGUUGUGAAGGAGGCCAAGAGCCAAGUUGAUAAGGCCUUCCUGGCUGGCCGAAACAAAGUGAAGAUGGUCAUUGAGCGCAUUCCCACUCCUCUCCAGCUGUCCAAAAUCUUCAAACAAGCCAAAGGCCAUACUCGGGAAGUCUUGCGCAAGGCCCAGGUAUGGGAUGGAUGCAUCAAGCUUCUAGAACAGAAAGAACACAUGAACUUGGUGGCCAGUAAUAAUGUCACAGGACCCAGCCUGGAACUGAUUAUGCUUUCUAAGGAGGUGGGCUGUAACAUGGUGAUGCGACCAAUGAAGUGUGAAUGGAACAGCACAUAUAGGACCAUUACUGGAGAAUGCAACAACAGAAAGGACUCAACAUUAGGCUCCUCAAAUAGAGCAUUGGCCCGAUGGCUGCCGGCAGAAUAUGAAGAUGGAAUUUCUCAGCCUUACGGGUGGACUCCUGGGAAGAAAAGGAACGGCUUCCUUCUCCCGUUGGUCCGAGAUGUGUCCAAUCAGAUAGCCAGCUAUUUGAAUGAGGAUGAUUUUGAUCCAUCCUGGUCAUUGAUCCUCAUGCAAUGGGGACAGUGGGUAGACCAUGACCUCGACUUUGCUCCAGAUACAGAGCUGAUGGUUAGUGAGCACACCAAAGAGCAAUGUGACGAACACUGCAUCCAAGAAGACAACUGUUUCCCCAUCAUGUUCCCACCUGGCGAUCCCAAGCUGAAGAAACAAGGACUCUGUAUGCCCUUCUUCCGGGCUGGUUUUGUUUGCCCUACACAUCCCUUCAACUCACUGACUCGAGAGCAAAUCAAUGCCCUGACUUCCUUCCUGGAUGCCAGCAUGGUCUAUGGACCUGAACCACUCCUGGCCGAAAAACUCCGGAACACAAGCAGCCCCCUGGGUCUGAUGGCAGUCAAUGAGGAGUUCUCUGAUGAUGGAUUGGCUUUCCUGCCCUUUGACAACAAGAACCCGAGUCCUUGUAAAUUCAUCAAUGUUACUGCUGGGGUCCCUUGCUUCUUGGCUGGUGAUUCCCGGGUCAAUGAACAUCUUUUGCUGGCAAUCUUCCACAUCCUUUUUGUACGGGAGCACAACCGGUUAGCUAGAGAGUUGAAGAAGCUCAACCCUCAUUGGGAUGGAGAAAAAAUCUAUCAAGAAACCCGGAAAAUUGUGGGUGCAAUCACACAGGUUAUCACUUUUGAACAUUACCUGCCUUUAGUGCUGGGAGAGGAGCUGGAGAAGGAGCUUCCAGAGUACCAAGGUUAUGAUGAAUCAGAGGAUCCUCGCAUUGCCAAUGUCUUCACCUUGGCCUUUAGAUUCGGUCAUACUGAGGUCCCAUCUUUUAUCUACCGAUUGGAUGAACAUUAUGAACCCUCAGGCUCUGAAGCAAAGCUUCCUCUGAAUACUCUCUUCUUCAAUAACUGGAGGAUAGUGAAAGAUGGCGGAAUUGAUCCCUUUGUCCGUGGCAUGCUGGUCAAGCCCUCCAAGCAGUUGAAGCAAAACAAAAUGAUGAGCAGUGAGUUGCGAGACAAGCUUUUCCAGCCAACUCAGAAAAUCCACGGGUUUGACUUGGCUGCUAUCAACUUGCAGAGAGGGAGGGACCACGGGCUGCCAGGGUAUAAUUCAUGGAGACGCUUCUGUGGCCUCUCACAGCCUAAGACAGUAGAAGAAUUGAGUGUUGUGUUGGGGAACAAUCGGAAGCUGGCUCAAAAGUUUAUGGAUCUUUAUGGAACCCCAGACAACAUUGACCUGUGGAUUGGAGCCGUUGCUGAGCCCUUUGUGCGAGGGGGCAGAGUUGGACCCCUCUUGAGCUGUAUCCUGGGGAAGCAAUUCAGAAAGAUCAGAGAUGGAGACAGGUUCUUUUGGAAGAAACCUGGAGUGUUCACCCCACAGCAGCAAGCAGCCCUGAAAAAAGUCUCCUUUUCUUUCAUUGUCUGUGAAAACACCCACAUCACAAAAGUCCCCAUCAAUGCAUUCAAGGCCAACAAAUACCCUCAAGACUUUGUGAACUGCUCAGAGAUUGAGAAGCUGGACCUUUGCCCCUGGAUCGCUAAGAGAAAUUAAGGAAAUACCAACAAUAAGACAUCAAACUUCUCAAGUUUGUCAAGUGCCAGUAAGAAGUGCCCUCCUUUUCAUGGUUCUACUUCAGGAAGUUAAACCUGACUCUUUAGACUGGUAUUUGAGACCCUGCCCUGGUCUUAAACUAUCUUUCCAAUCUUUUCUCCCAGUAUUCCCCAAAUGGUGCCUCUGAUCCAGCUAAACCUGUUGAUGUUUUUUGAUAGAAUGUGCCUAACACUUCCUGUCCCCAGGCCCCUGAGCACCAUGUCUCCUCCUGCUUUUCCUAUCUAUCAAAAUCCUGUUUGUCCUUCAAACCAACCCAAGUCUAUUUUCAACCUACCAAUUCAAGCUAUUUCCUCAUGAAGCUUUCCCUGGCACUGUUAGUAGUCUGGAUUCUCUUCAGUGAUUAAAGUCUCUCUUUUAGUCAUC